AAUCAGGCAUGCAGCUGGAGCGGACAGGACGGCUUCCCGGAUAUGGUGGGGUCUUUGGCUGUCGCUGCAGCUGUAGCUCCGGGUCUCUCCUUCACUGCCCUCUGUACUCCGCUCCCAGAGGCCCAGUUUCUGUGGCCCUGUGACCUGCAGGUAUUUGGAGAUCCACAGCUAAGAUGCCAGGACCCCCUGGAAGCCUAGAAAUGGAAGACCUGGGGUCUGAAGUGUAUCCUCUCAAGGAAGCAAGUGGAUCCCCUGGGGCAGAGAGGAAGCUUCUAGUGUACUCUUAUUUUGAAAAGGAGACAUUGACAUUUAGGGAUGUGGCCAUAGAAUUCUCUCUGGAGGAGUGGGAAUGCCUGAGCCCUGCUCAGCAGAAUUUAUAUAGGAAUGUGAUGUUAGAGAACUACAAAAACCUGGUCUUCUUGGGUAUUGACGUCUCUAAGCAAGACCCAAUCACCAGUCUGGAGCAGGAAAAAGAGCCCUGGAAUAUGAAGAGACAUGAGAUGGUGGAUGAAUCCCCAGGCCAGGUGUGGUAGCUCACACCUGUAAUCUCAGCGCUGUGGGAAGCCAGGGCAGGUGGAUUGCUUGAGCCCAGGAGUUUGAGACCAGCCUGGUCAACAUGGAAAAACCCCAUCUCUACUAAAAAAACAAAACAA